GGAUGUUACACACCAGGGCCCAAGCACAGGAACUGACAUCUGCCAAGAAAAAAGCUCCAGUUUUUGUCAUCCAGCUGACAAAAGGUGAGUUUUAAUGUGACAAAAGGUUAUAAGGAUGGAAAGCCUCCGAUUGCUGUCUGGCAUCUUUGUGGUCCUUGGAUUUGUCCAGAGCAGCUGGCAAGUUCCUCUGCAGGAGGUCGAGCACAACGCAAGUUCUGAGGCAGAAGACACAUCAGUCGAUGACCUGAGGAGUAUGUCAGAAAUGAAGAGACAUUCAGAGGGAACGUUCGCCAAUGACUACAGCAAAUACCUGGAGGACAGGAAGGCACAUGACUUUGUCCAGCGGCUGAUGAACAGCAAGGGGAACAGUGCUGCAGAAAAACGGCAUGCAGAUGGAACCUUCACCAGCGAUGUAAGCGCCUACCUCAACAACCAGGCGGUCAAAGAUUUUGUUGCCAUGCUCAAGUCUGGACAAGUCAGGAGAGAAUAUGAAAUGGACAACAGGGUUGAAGCAUUCAGCAGAAGGCACGUAGAUGGAAGCUUCACAAGUGACGUCAACAAGGUUCUGGACUCCAUGGCCGCCAAAGAAUAUUUACUGUGGGUCAUGACCUCAAAGCUUUCAGGGGAAAGCAGUAAGAAAAGAAAAGACCAAUAAGAUACUCUUCGAUGAAUACCUCUGUGUGCUGCACGAUACAAUGGAACAUAAAGCCAUACUACUUUGUAUGCAGAAAUGUUU